AUGCAGUUCAAGGCCGCCGCCCUCGCCGCCCUCGCGCUCCUCGCCGCGCCCGCGCUCGGCGUCACGCUCUCGUACGACGAGACGUACGACAAGUCCUCGAACUCGCUCGCGAUCGUCGCCUGCUCCGACGGCUCGCACGGGAUGCUCACCAAGGGCUUCACCACCUUCGGCUCCCUCCCGCACUUCCCCAACAUCGGCGGCGCGGUCGCGAUCGCGGGCUGGAACGACGCCGACUGCGGCUCGUGCUGGCAGCUGACGUACAAUGGCAAGAGCAUCAACGUGCUCGCCAUCGACCACGCCGGCGCCGGGUUCAACAUCGCCAAGGCGGCGAUGAACACGCUCACCAACGGCCAGGCGGUGCAGCUCGGGCGGAUCGACGUGACCGCGAAGCAGGUCGCCGCGUCGGUGUGCGGGCUCUGA